GAAGUUGUUGCUGAGCUCAUGGCUGACACCACUGUGGAAGGAGUUCAAUGGAGCGUGGCUGGAAAGGAUGCAGAUUGGUUCUACUUGGAUGAAAGAAACAUCCGGCUAAAUGCAUCAUCUGACAAGAUCCUUGACCGAGAGGCCCUUGGUCCGGUCUUAAUGGCUGAACUAUCAUGUCAUGAAGAGGACAUACAUCAGAGUGUGUACAGGUUAAUGGUGGAAAUUCUCAAUGAGAAUGAUAAUUUCCCCUUGUUUACGGAAAACACUUCUCGAUCUCUUAUAAUCAGUGAGCUGAUUCCAGUGAAUUCUGUGGUAUUUACUGUCCUGGCCACAGAUGCUGAUAACGACAAGAUCAUAUAUUCAGUUGACCAGACGUCACCUGAUGCAGAAUACUUCAAAGUCAAUCUGCCUAACAGCGGAGAGGUGAUCCUUUCUAAACCUCUAGACUAUGAGACCAAAACUCUGCUUAAUGUCACCAUCUAUGCAUCGGAAAUGAACACUGCUGAGCACUACAACACCAGCAUCAACAUUGCCAUCACCAUCUUGGAUGGAGAUGACCAGUACCCACAAUUCCUGCCAUGCAUGUUGCUUUUUCAGGAUGAGAACAGCCGAAUCUGCACUAGUCCUGUGUACAUGGUCAAUGUCACUGAGGGGGAAGAGGACAUUGUGUUGGACUUUUUCCCGGGUCCUAUUCAGGCAGUGGAUGGUGACAGAGGACUCAGCUCUCCAGUCAGCUAUGCCAUCCUCUCAGGAGAUGACGAUGGGCGUUUCAGGAUAGACAAAGAGACAGGUGAAAUGAGACUGGCACAGGGGGUGAGAGACAGACUCAUAAGUCCAGUACUACGGCUUCAAGUCAUGGCAUAUCAGGACAACGACCCCAGGAAGUAUUCUGUUGCUACAGUGUUGGUCCGAGUUCUGGCAGUGAACCGGUUUUAUCCAGAGUUUGACAUGGAUGAAUAUCAUGGCUUUGUAACUGCAGGGAAGAGUCCAGUUUCUCUGGUCAAUACCUAUGGCAGCAAAGCACUGAUGUUACAUGUACAUGACCAAGACUUUAACCAAGGCUUCAAUCCCAUGAUCUACUUCACCUUUACUCCAACAUCUAAUCACACAGACAUCUAUCAAGUUACACAGGGUGGACUCCUAAUUGCCAAGACCAGUCGUGUUACACCAAAGGAGAAACAUAUUCUAGAGGUAACGGCUGUAGACCAGGAGUCGGGAGACACCACGUUUACUACUGUAGUGGUGGAAGUGUUAACAGAAGAACAGUCGAUCCCUCAUAGUCCACUAGGAUUGGGCCGUCUGACAGGCUGCACUGUGGGCAAAGCCUUGUUUCUGAGCAUGGUGAUUAUGACUUUGCUUGGAUGUGUCUUGUCUAUGCUGAUGUGGCUGAAGAGGAAACACAAGGGAAUGAGAGACCCCCUGGAGAGAGGAUGCGUGGCUCAGGGCAAACACCCCAAUGUGAGCUUACGGUGGUUCCAGCUGGUGAAUCAUCGGAGUGCUAUGGCCCAUAUGGAGGAGGUAUCCUACAACAGUGAAGAAUAUGGCACCUGCAAUCCAUCCUUCAGCUUUUCAGAUAAACCAGUCUUCUAUACCAAACAAGACACCCACCUCUGCCAAGAACCCACUUCCCAUAGACCCGUUUCUCCAUUUGACACCAACUUUAUCCCCACUGAAACUUUGUGCAGCCCUGUGAUCCUAAAUAAAAAUGCCCUUGAACUAACCAAAACCUCCUCUAGUUCACCCACCUUUCACCCAACUAGGGAGGAAUUGAAUCUUACACAUGUGGAUCAAGAUGCUGCUCCACCUAAUGAAAAUCCUGACUUGCUUCCUGAUGUGACCUCAGAGCCUGUGGAAGCACAGUCUAACACCCUCCCUGGCCCUGCAACCCAUGAUGACCCUAGACCCUCAUAUUUAACUGUUCCCGAAUCAGAAACAACUAGCAACAACAACAUUGUUGAGCAAGUUACCAGUCCCUCCUCACCAUCCUCUACUCCAUGCAGUCAUUUUCAAAUGACUUCUGCAGAAAUGGACAAACCGCUCGUAAAAACCUGUGAGAUGACACCCCCACAUUCACCGUUACAGUCCUCACCCCUCCCCAAGGAGAAAGGAACACCCCCUCCCACCCCAGAACAUGGACUUUUAAAAGCCACCUUGGUACAUAUAGACACAUCUCCAACUGAUACUCCCCCAGAAACACCAGGGCGAGCAGCAGAGAUCGCAAAGGCCAACCCCCCCUGCACAUCACUGGACCAAACAGACCAAUCAGAGCUUACAGGAGGAAUAGCAGAUGCCACGAGUCCAUCUCAGGAUAGAAGGCCUUCAACAAAUUCAGGAAACACCCAAGAAGACCCUGGGGUGGGGAAUGGGGAUGAUGAUGGUUUUCUCGGGGAUGAGGAUGCAGACAAGAACAGUGAGGGUGAGGAUGAGUUAGAGUCUGAUGAAGAAGAGCUACUAAGAGUUAUGGCUCGUUGUAAUCCUAUCUUUAUCACAUUUAGUAAGUGAUGUCACUAUGAUAUCGCAGGCAAUGAGAAUGACCAGGUGGAUGACCGAAGAUGGGAGCAGUUCAGGUGAAGAUGGAGGUCUCAAACAGCAGAGUGCAAAAACGCCACCAAGCAAGAAAGAAACCCAACAGUCUGGUUCUGCUGAGGCAAAGAAGUAGACUGAAGCAUACACAGCGCACACGAGGGAAGACAUGUAUAUGUUAACACAAUGCAAACAUGUAAAAAAAAACAUUUGGCAGCACACAAUCAUCAUGAGUAAAUGCACAAUAUUGUACCAUUUGUUUACUGUUUUACUGUUAGUGCAAAUAAUAAGGAGCUACCAUGAAAACAUAUGCAGUUAGAAACACUGUUUGUAAGUUACACAUAUAUUAUUGAUAGCUUUUUCAAUGAUGCAUCAUAUUCACACACAGUAACCAAUCAUACCAAUCUGUCACCAUUCAGUAUAUAUUCUCUUUGUUUAAGAAUAACAACAUGUAUUGAUACCCUGUGAAAACUGCUGCAGAGCUGCAUCCAUACAGGCUGGAUUUCUGAUCAGUGGUGAUACAGUUUGUUUUUGAUGGCAGAAUAUUCUCAGAAGUCUCAAAGGCCUCAACAUUUAAAUCACAUUUAAAAAGAUCUGCUGCAGAUUUCUUUUAAAUAGCUGCAGACUGACGUUUUUCUAAACUUUCAGUCUGUCGCA